AUGGGUUUCAAACUGCCCUCCUUCGAGUAUCCUCGGGCGAAAUCAGAGGAUGGUUAUUGGGCGCCCGUUACUUCCACGAUAAACUGGUGUGAGGAGGACUAUUAUGCCACAAUUUACUCUGCCGAAAUAGUUAACACUCUCACGAACCUACUCUUCGUAUAUCUGGGGAGCAAGGGCAUUCGCAACUGUCUAAAGUACGAACAUGACAGCGUUUACUUGGUGGCGUUUGCAGGGUAUCUGCUCGUUGGUGUUGGGAGCUUUGCUUUCCAUAGUACAUUAAAAUAUCCAAUGCAGCUCGUGGAUGAGCUUUCAAUGAUAUACACGGCUUGCCUUAUGUGCUAUGCAACAUUUUCUUUCUCCCAGUCUCGCCUGGUGCGCCAGCUGUUAGGUGUCGGAUUGGCCUCUCUUGCUAUUUUUAUUACACUUUAUUAUCACUACCUGCAAGACCCAGACUUCCACCAGAAUGCCUUUGCCAUACUCACAGCUCUUAUUCUUUUUCGCAGCAUGUACGUUAUGGAGGUGAACAUCCGGCCAUCGUUCAAAAAGAAAUACGGAUCGGUAUCACAAAAGUUUGAAGGAUUGUCGACAUCAGAGCGCUUAGCAAAUGCACAGAGAGAUACAAAAAUAUUGAACGAGAUGUGGCUGAUGGUGGGCAUUGGCCUGUCGAUUUUCCUUGGUGGAUUCGGUAUUUGGGCGUUGGAUAUCAAGUACUGUGGCACGGUCCGGCGUUGGAGACAUCAAAUUGGUCUGCCUUGGGGAAUACUCCUCGAGGGCCACGGAUGGUGGCAUUUAAUGACAGGCUAUGGAGCUUACUGCUAUCUUGUUUGGGGAGUUUGGCUUCGCCACUGCUUGAAUGAGAGACAAGAUGAAUAUGUGCUCAAAUGGCCAAGCAUAUUUUUCUCAAUCCCUGAGGUUGUUCCACUCUCAGUGUAUCCUCAGGGAGAUGCUUCUUCAAUGAAUGGCCAAUCCAAUGGACACAAUGGACACAUCAAUGGGUACACCAAUGGCUAUGCUAGCGGCAACGGUCAUGUAGUGAGAGAGGACCGAAAGUCUGUUUGA